ACAAGUGGAACAAUGGUUAACAGGAUAUGGAUUACCAAAAGGAAAUGAACCUAUGCAAAUGGCAGAUGGAACAGUAACACAAGAUCCAUUAGUAAGAAUGAAUGACGAAGCAGAACCAGGAAUACAAUGGAGAACAGUCAGACUAAAAAGAAAUUCAGCAAAUAAUACAGAUGUAAGUAACUUUGCAGUAAAUCCAGAAAGGGAUGGAAGCGAACUCAUUUUAGCAACAAUAGGAGGAAAUCCUUUAGGUUUGAUAAGACAAGCAGGAAGAGUUGGAAGAUUGAAUACAACAUUUGACGGACCAGCAAAUGACUGUUUAAGAGCAAAAAGAAUAAUAGAAAUUAUAGCAACAGGAUUUUCAGGAGAAGUGAAAAUAGCUUGGGAAGACACUCAAGGAGAUGCAAGGCCUAGAACAUGGGAAGAUCAUAGAUUUAUUGGAGAAACAGGGAAUUUGAUACCAGUAGCAAUAGGAUUAAAAUCAUGGAUAACUAAUAAUUUCUUAAGCAUA